AUGGCUUCUACAAAUGUAUAUGAAAAUAUUUCUCAAAGUUUGGUUCCAAGUGUAGAUGUUUAUGUUUCAAUGGAUGAAUAUGAUAUUAGUUACACAACUAUUGGCACGCGUUCUACUGGCCCAUGCUUUUUCUUCUUAUUGGAUUUCCUUACAAAUGACGAACAAUGCUGUUAUCUGUAUCAUUACAAUUUUCCAUUUGAUGAAUCAGAAUUAACUGUUGAAAACGUUCUCGUACAAUAUUUGGAUAUUAUUUGGAAUUCAUUAAAAUAUAGUAUCGAACGUAAAAUAGUUUCAUCUGAAGUUUUAGAAAAAACCAAAAUAUCAAACUUCAAACUAGUCGUAGGAGGGGGCGAUACAACUGAUGGACAAUUAUUACGCAAAGCAUUUAGUUUAUUAAAUAACGAUGAAAUGAAUAUUGCCAGUAUUAAAUGGCGUUCUCCUUCUGGCACAUUUGAUAUUGCAAUUUUACAACUCAAUUGUUUAGCAAACAUUAAAUCUCCAUGGCAACUACAAACAAAAGCCAUUCAACAAUUCAGAGAUCAAUGUCAACAUGAUGAAAAAUUAGUAUCUGAACAAGCAUUAUUACUUAUUCCACCAAAUCCUAUAUUCACCGCUGAAAUAUAUCCUGUUGAAGAUCGGUAUACAUUUACAUCAGCAAAUGUUGAUAAAAGACUUGAUUUUAAUGAAGCUGCAGAACAAAACCAAGGUCAGAAUAGAAAUACAAGUAAAUCAUUUUCAAAUGUCCAGAUCAUGAAAGAAAAAUACACUAAAGAUGAUGUUGAAAAUAAUGAUAAAAAGAAAAGGAAACAAGUCAACGAAUAA